CUGACUCUCGUCUUUGAUUCUCAGCAUUGGCUGGGCGAAUUUUCUUUCAUGGCUGAGCAUGUUGGUCGUUCAUUGCAUGAGACCAAAGUCUAGCUGCUUAGCACAGUUGAAAGCUGAUUCAUCGCAAAUUGAGGUUGGCUAGGAGAGGUGGUGUGAACGGCCUCUUCAAACAGAAGAGAAUAAAACGGCACACCACCUCACCACUUUCGGUACUUCUCAUCAACAAGUUGCAAAACAACUGGUUCAUAAGGCCAGCACCCUGCAGAGCCCCACGAUGGCCGGAGCGCGCCAGGUCAGCAUUCUCCUGACCACGCUUGAGCAAGAGCUGAAGCCCCUCAUUAUCCAAGCGUCACGCGCCUGGUGGGACGCCAGCACGAGCGGGCAGGAUAGUGACUUUGCGGCCAAGGAGCAAGCACAGAACGCCCUGGAUUUCGCUCUCAGUAACAAACAGCGGUUUGGGGAUCUGAAAGAAGUGAAAGAAGCUCUGGGAAAAGGCACACCACUUGAGAGGAGACAGGUGGAGGUUUUGUACUUGAUGCAUCUGGAGAAGCAGGUGGAUGGGGAGACGCUGAAGCGGCUGAACGACCUCAGCAACCGAGUGGAGAAGGCGUUCAACACGUUCCGGCCGGUUGUGGGGGGUAGGGAAGUGACAGAGAAUGCAGUGAGGGAUUUAUUGAGGGAGUCAAAGGAUGAGGCGCUCAGAAAGGAGGCAUGGGAAGCCAGCAAGGGGGUGGGGAAGGUGGUGGAAAAGGAGCUGCUGGAGCUAGUGAAGUUGAGGAACAAAGCGGCGAAGGGCCUGGGGUUUGCGGACUACCAUGCGAUGCAGCUCAGUGUUGGCGAGCAGAGCCAAGAGCAGGUCCUCCAAAUCUUCAACGAGCUGGACGCCCUCACCCGCCCCCUCUUCGCCUCCCUCAAGGCCGAGAUCGACGAAGCCCUCGCCUCUAGUUACGGCAUCCCCCCCGAAGCCCUCCGACCCUGGCACUACCACGACCUCUUCUUCCAAGAAGUGCCCGCCGUCUUUGGCGGGGACACCGCCGGGCCCUAUUCACGCCUGGACAUAGUGGGAAUGUGCUCGCGCUUCUACGCCUCCAUCGGGCUGCCCAUCGAUGACGUCAUCGAGCGGAGCGACCUGUACGAGCGCCCUGGCAAGUCCCCCCACGCCUUCUGCACGGACAUCGACCGGUCCGGCGACGUCCGAGUGCUCGGGAACGUCCAACCGGGCGAGUACUGGACCAACACCAUGCUGCACGAGCUGGGCCACUCCGUGUACAGCAGUCGGAACAUGCCCCCCGGGCUGCCGUUUUUCUUACGGGUGGAAUCGCAUACGCUGACGACCGAAGGCGUCGCGAUGCUGUUUGAGAAGUUUGGGCGGAAGGCGGCGUGGCUGAAAGCGAUGGGGGUGGAGGUGGCGGGGGAGAAGGAGUUUGACGCGGCGCAAACUCGGGCGACGCGCGCGCACCUCCUCAUCUUCUCGCGGUGGUACCAGGUCAUGUUCCGCUUUGAGAAGGCCCUGUACGGCAACCCCGAUGCAAACCUAAACAGCCUGUGGUGGGACUUGGUUGAGGAGUACCAGGGGAUUACAAGGCCUUCCGGCAGAGACGCCCCCGACUAUGCCAGUAAGAUUCAUAUUCCAGUCGCACCAUGCUAUUACCAUAAUUACAUGCUCGGGGAGCUUUUUGCAAGCCAGGUGCACGAUACGGUCGCUCGGGAGGUCCAAAAAGUUGUCCCCGGAGAGGCGAUCUAUGUGGGCGAUAAGGCGAUUGGGCGGUUUUUUAGGGACCGGGUGUUUGCCCCAGGGAAAAGCCUUGCGUGGGACGAGCUGUCGGAGCACAUCACUGGGAAGCGGCUUAAUGCAGCGGCUUUCGCGGCUGCUAUCGCAUGAAAGCAUUAGUACCUUAAGCACCAACAUGAUUUACUAGCACCAACAUAGAUUGCCUUGCAUAAAAGACCUACCUUACUUGAAUCUAAGAAUAACGAGCAGCUCUGUGACAGGAAGCUUAAAGUUCUAGUCUUGAAGCGACCAAUGGUCC